AUGGACACCGAUGACGGAGGUGCUGCAGGGGGGCGGCCGUGUGUCGAUGUCAGUGGCUGCCGCGACGUCCUGCACAAGAUACACUCGGUGAGGGACGAGGGGAAGAGGACGGCCCGCCAGGACCAUCGCUGUGUUGGGAUUGCCUGGCAGGGCGCCUCUCAGAUUGCCUCUGAUGCUGAGAGGGCAGAGCACAUCAUAGCCACACACACCGACGACAAUUCACAGGUCCGCACGGAAACACCACACAGUCAGCCGAGCUGCAGCACUUGCUGGCGUCUGUUUCGGUGGUGCAGGAUGGUGUGUCCCUCACCGAUGCCCACUCGGCUUGCAACGAGCUGGCACAGAUGUCCAGUGACCGCGAAACACACGUGGGGAUUGGACGGGAAGACCGAUGAAUGGCUCACAGAGGCCGACAAGCCAGUGACGUCCGUCUCUCUCUUGGUGCGUGUUUGGGUUCAUGUCAGCGGAUGGAAGGCGACGGCAGGCUGUUCCGGUGCAUCCACCGGGUGGGCGGUGCUGUAGAGAGUUUAGUGCCGGUCAGUGUGCACAUGGAUACACAGACACACAGGCAGACAGAUGGAUGGACCAGCAUCUAUCUGUGAUGCUUUCUUGGUGAUAGGUGCCUGUUGGCGACGGAGGCAAGCGCGCGUGUGUAGCUAUCGAAUCGGCUGCUGCAGCUGCUGCAACUGCGAAUAGCAAAGGUACACCAACCACACAGGGGUGAAAGUACUGAGAAUCCCUUGGUCGGUCGGUGGAUGUCUGCGGUGCUGCAGCAGCGACACCGAGGCCGAUGAACAAACCAAAGGUGACACGAGAAAUGACCACCACCAUGACUGCCUUUACCAAUGUGCAUGUCUUCAUGUGUGUGUCAGAAAUACGGCCGUCCGUGUCUGUGUGGUCUGCCUGGUCGGUCGGUUAAGGGUUUGACGAGACACCUGUCCUUAAGCCCCGCGCUACCUUCCGGCGCAACCAGGCAUCUUCUCUGUCCACAGAACACACCAAACAGGCAACAGGCACACGCAGAAUGCAUGCACAAGGCAGCUGCUGGUCUGACUGGUCAGCUGAGGGCUGACGAGCUCGCACCAGUGGCCCGAGGCGAUCGGGAGAAUAGAGAAGGGAGGGAGGGGAGGGAAGGGAGAGAAGGGAGAGAUCAACACCUCCAACUCCUGGCUUUCGCACCCGAGCAUCAACCACUCGAUUGCCCAUCAACACCCAUGGCUCUCUUCUCGCGCCUGACGCUCUUCGUCCUCGCCGCUCUGCUGGUGGCGGCAUGGACGCCCUCAACCACCAUGGCCCAGCCACCCUGCAUCACGACUCCUGCGCUCGCUUCCACUACUGCUGCUCCCACUGCUAUUGAUGAAGCCGACAACGCAAUGGGGAGUGUGGAUGAGCUGCUCGACGACGAGGAGGACGCCCUGGUCGAUGCCGACGAGGCGGACAUGGAGGAUGACGAGGAUGAUGACGAGGAGGAGGAGGAGCAGCCUCUGACGUCGGGCAACCUGCGUGCCCUUCAGCGAGGUUAGCAACCACAUGCAAUACUCCCACCGUUUUUCUGACCAGACAGACACUGAGCAUCAUCCCUAUCCCUCGGUUCUGUGUUGUGUCGUGUGCAGGCCGUCGUCGUGGGGGUCGUCGUGGUCAUUCGGGCCAUCGUCAUGGGGGCCGCUGGGGCCGUGGUCGCUGGGGUCGUGGUCGCUGGGGUCGUGGUCGCUGGCGUCGCGGUCGCUGGGGUCGUGGUCGCUGGGGCCGUGGUCGUUGGGGCCGCCGGCACCACCACCAUUACCGCCACCACCAUGACUGA